UCCACCUCAGUCUAUCCACCUCAGUCUAUCAACUAACAGUCAUGUUUUCGCCGAUGGAGGUAGGGAAGGAAGGGAACGCGGACCACGUGCUCACCCUCUUCGAUCUCUAUUGGUUCCACCGCCAAAUCCUCAGCCCUUCUCCCGGGCCGCCGCCGCCGCCGCCGCCACCGCCAGCGCUAUCUCCGCCUCUUCUGGAUGGGGAGGACGCUGAAUCCCAAUCCUCAGAGCCGCCGCCUGCCUCCCGCCCUCCACUUCUCCUCCGCCGCUACCGACGGUUAUCUCUCAGCGACGAGACCGCCUUCUCAGCGGAGCUCCGCAUCCAGACCCGCAAGCUCCAGACAAUCCUGUCCGGCAAAGAAGGUCCUGUGGGGGCGACCGCCGGCGGCGGCGAGAACUGGACUGUGGCGACGAAGCGGAGGCGGCGGGAGAGAAGAAGGAGAAGGAUUAAGAGGGGCAGCAGGAGCUUACCGGAGCUGGAAUCCGAGGAGGUGAAGGGGUUCAUGGAUCUGGGUUUUACGUUCUCCGAGGCGGAGGUGAACCCCAGGCUGCUGUCGAUCGUGCCCGGUCUCCAGCGGCUGGGGAAGCGGGCGGCCGGAGACAGCGAACCAGCGGCGGAGGGCUCGUCUUGCACCUCAGAGGAGGUGGACGAGUCGGCGAUCUUGAGGCCGUACCUCUCGGAGGCGUGGGACGCGCAGCAGGAGGAGGAGGCGGCAGCGGCAGUGGCGGCGCUUAAGCCGCUGAAGAAUUGGAGGAUCCCGAAGGCAGCGGAUGGGGUGGACCUAAAGGACCACCUCCGGUCCUGGGCCCACGCGGUCGCCUCUACCGUCCGAUGAUGGUGAGGCGCCGAUCACCGCCGUCCAGUUUAUUCUAAGAACUUGGAUUCGAUACUAUUGGGAAUCAAUUGUAAAUAUCGCGAGCGAAAUAUAUUUCCUUUCAGACCUUCGGCUUCUAGUCUUUGUAUUUUCUCGAUUUCUCUCCGAUAUAAAUAGAAUGUUGAGAUUGUAUAAUAGGCGGAAAAUAGAUAUAUAAUGGAGAAAGUUU